AUGCAAUCUUUAGGGGUCUCUGGAAAUAGAAAGGUUAUGCAGUCUGGAACCUGUGAGCCUUUUCAAUCUCUAAGUCAUCAGAGAAAUGAUGAAGAGGCAGUUGUGGAUAGAGGUGGAACUCGUUCUAUUCUCAAAACACACUUUGAGAAAGAAGAUUUAGAAGGUCAUCGGACACUAUUUAUUGGAGUUCACGUGCCCCUGGGAGGAAGAAAAAGCCAUCGACGUCACAGGCAUCGUGGUCAUAAACACAGAAAGAGAGACAGAGAGAGAGAUUCGGGACUAGAGGAUGGAAGGGAGUCACCUUCGUUUGACACCCCAUCACAACGGGUACAGUUUAUUCUUGGAACUGAAGAUGAUGAUGAGGAACACAUUCCUCAUGACCUUUUUACGGAACUGGAUGAGAUUUGCUGGCGUGAAGGUGAGGAUGCUGAAUGGCGAGAAACAGCCAGGUGGUUGAAGUUUGAAGAAGAUGUGGAAGAUGGAGGAGAAAGGUGGAGCAAGCCUUAUGUGGCUACUCUUUCACUGCACAGCUUGUUUGAAUUGAGAAGUUGUAUUCUGAAUGGAACUGUGUUGCUGGACAUGCAUGCCAACACUUUAGAAGAAAUUGCAGAUAUGGUCCUUGAUCAACAAGUGAGCUCAGGUCAGCUCAAUGAUGAUGUACGCCACAGGGUCCAUGAGGCACUGAUGAAACAGCAUCACCACCAGAAUCAGAAAAAACUCACCAAUAGGAUUCCCAUUGUUCGUUCCUUUGCUGAUAUUGGCAAGAAACAAUCAGAACCAAAUUCCAUGGAUAAAAAUGCAGGUCAGGUUGUUUCUCCUCAGUCGGCUCCAGCCUGUGUUGAGAAUAAGAAUGAUGUGAGCAGGGAAAACAGCACUGUUGACUUUAGCAAGGGGCUGGGAGGCCAACAAAAGGGGCAUGCUAGUCCAUGUGGGAUGAAACAAAGGCAUGAAAAAGGACCUCCACACCAGCAAGAGAGAGAGGUUGAUCUGCAUUUUAUGAAGAAGAUUCCUCCAGGUGCUGAAGCUUCAAACAUCUUAGUUGGGGAAUUGGAGUUUUUGGAUCGAACUGUAGUUGCAUUUGUCAGGUUGUCUCCAGCUAUAUUGCUUCAAGGACUGGCUGAAGUCCCAAUCCCAACCAGAUUUUUGUUCAUUCUCCUGGGACCCCUGGGAAAGGGGCAACAGUACCACGAGAUUGGCAGAUCAAUUGCAACCCUAAUGACAGAUGAGGUAUUUCAUGAUGUUGCUUACAAAGCUAAAGAUCGUAACGACUUGGUAUCAGGAAUUGAUGAAUUUCUGGAUCAGGUUACUGUUCUCCCUCCUGGAGAAUGGGAUCCAAGCAUUCGAAUAGAGCCUCCCAAAAAUGUUCCUUCCCAGGAGAAGAGGAAGAUUCCUGCUGUACCAAAUGGAACAGCAGCUCAUGGGGAAGCCGAGCCCCACGGAGGACAUAGUGGACCUGAACUCCAGCGAACUGGAAGGAUUUUUGGGGGACUUAUUUUAGAUAUCAAAAGAAAAGCUCCAUACUUCUGGAGUGACUUCAGAGAUGCUUUCAGCUUGCAGUGCUUAGCAUCUUUUCUGUUUCUCUACUGCGCGUGUAUGUCUCCUGUCAUCACAUUUGGAGGACUGCUAGGAGAAGCAACUGAAGGGCGAAUAAGUGCAAUCGAAUCUCUCUUUGGAGCGUCCAUGACUGGGAUAGCCUAUUCUCUCUUUGGUGGACAGCCUCUUACCAUAUUAGGCAGUACAGGACCAGUUUUGGUGUUUGAAAAGAUUUUGUUUAAAUUUUGCAAAGAAUAUGGGCUGUCAUACCUAUCUUUAAGAGCUAGUAUCGGACUUUGGACUGCAACCCUGUGUAUCAUACUUGUGGCCACUGAUGCAAGCUCCCUUGUCUGCUAUAUCACCCGGUUUACUGAAGAAGCUUUUGCUUCUCUUAUUUGCAUCAUUUUCAUUUAUGAGGCCCUGGAGAAGUUGUUUGAACUCAGUGAAGCAUAUCCAAUCAACAUGCAUAAUGAUUUGGAACUGCUGACACAAUAUUCGUGUAACUGUGUGGAACCACAUAAUCCUAGCAAUGAUACAUUGAAGGAAUGGAGGGAGUCCAAUAUUUCCGCCUCUGACAUAAUUUGGGAGAACCUAACUGUGUCGGAAUGCAAAUCAUUGCAUGGAGAGUAUGUUGGACGAGCCUGUGGCCACGAGCACCCAUAUGUUCCAGAUGUUCUAUUUUGGUCAGUGAUCCUGUUCUUUUCCACAGUUACUCUGUCAGCCACACUGAAGCAGUUCAAGACUAGCCGCUAUUUUCCAACCAAGGUUCGAUCCAUAGUGAGCGACUUUGCUGUCUUUCUUACGAUUCUGUGUAUGGUUUUAAUUGACUAUGCCAUUGGGAUCCCAUCUCCAAAACUACAAGUACCAAGUGUUUUCAAGCCCACAAGAGAUGAUCGUGGCUGGUUUGUUACACCUUUAGGUCCAAAUCCAUGGUGGACAGUAAUAGCUGCUAUUAUUCCAGCUUUACUUUGUACUAUUCUAAUUUUCAUGGACCAACAGAUUACAGCCGUCAUCAUCAACAGAAAAGAGCAUAAGCUAAAGAAAGGUUGUGGGUACCAUCUGGAUCUAUUAAUGGUGGCUGUCAUGCUUGGUGUGUGCUCCAUCAUGGGCCUGCCGUGGUUUGUGGCUGCCACUGUCCUCUCCAUCACUCAUGUCAACAGCCUAAAACUGGAAUCAGAAUGUUCAGCUCCAGGAGAACAACCCAAAUUUCUUGGCAUUCGGGAGCAAAGGGUUACUGGGCUUAUGAUUUUUAUUCUUAUGGGUUCAUCAGUCUUUAUGACCAGUAUUCUGAAGUUUAUUCCUAUGCCAGUGCUAUAUGGAGUGUUCCUUUAUAUGGGUGCUUCAUCGCUAAAAGGAAUUCAGUUCUUCGAUAGAAUAAAGCUCUUCUGGAUGCCUGCAAAACAUCAACCAGAUUUUAUAUAUCUAAGGCAUGUACCACUUCGAAAAGUCCAUCUCUUCACAGUUAUUCAGAUGAGUUGCCUUGGCCUUUUGUGGAUAAUAAAAGUUUCAAGAGCUGCUAUUGUCUUUCCCAUGAUGGUGUUAGCUCUGGUAUUUGUAAGAAAGUUGAUGGACUUUCUGUUUACCAAACGGGAACUCAGCUGGUUGGAUGAUUUAAUGCCUGAGAGUAAGAAAAAGAAACUAGAAGAUGCUGAAAAAGAAGAAGAACAAAGUAUGCUAGCUAUGGAAGAUGAGGGCACAGUACAACUCCCAUUGGAAGGGCACUAUAGAGAUGAUCCAUCUGUGAUCAAUAUUUCUGAUGAAAUGUCAAAGACUGCCUUGUGGAGGAACCUUCUGAUUACUGCCGAUAACUCAAAAGAUAAGGAGUCAAGCUUUCCUUCUAAAAGCACUGAAAGCCGAAAAGAGAAGAAAGCUGACUCAGGGAAAGGUGUUGACAGGGAGACUUGUCUAUGA